AUGGCGGGCCCGGGCGGUGCAGGGGACGCGGGGGAUGUGCUGAGCGGCGGCAGCGAGCGGCGGUGCCGGGCGCGGCUGGCGGCGGGAGCGGGGGGCGCGGCGGCGGCGGCCGCGGUGCUGGUGCCGCUGUGCUCGGUGCGCGGCCGCCCCGCGCUGCUCUUCACGCUCCGCUCCCGCCGCCUCGCCGGCCCCCACAGCGGCGACGUCAGCUUCCCCGGUGGGCGGCGGGACCCGGCGGACGGGGACGCGGUGGCCACGGCUCUGCGGGAGACGCGGGAGGAGCUGGGGGUGGCGGUGGCACCCAGCAGCGUCUGGGGACAGCUUCGGACACUGCCCGACCGGCAUGGAAUGACCGUGGCACCCGUCGUGGCCAACCUGGGGCCGCUGGAGGCCUUGACACUGAACCCCAACCCUGACGAGGUGGAGGAGGUGUUCACCCUGCCCCUGGCUCACCUGCUCCGCAAGGAGAACCAGGGCUACACCAACUUCCGUACGGCCAGCGGCUAUGGAUACACCUUGCCUGUGUUCCUCAACGGCCCCCACAAGGUGUGGGGGCUCACAGCCAUCGUCACCGAGCUGACCCUGGAGCUGCUGGUGCCUGGCCGCUACCGCAGGAAGACCCACGUGCCUCCCAGGAAAGCCCCGGCCUGAGCGGGGAGCGGCAGGGGGAGGCUGUGGGGUCCCGUGCCUCGGUUCUCCACCCGUGCACGGGGGACACGGCUCUGAGCUCAGCACUGAUGUCGCACACUGUGAUUCAGUAAAAGCCAUGUU